UAACACUCGAGCUCCCAAUUUCCAGAAGUUCCAUAGCCAUCCAUUCUCAAACCCGCCGCCAUGGCACCCCGCUUCUUUCCCUUCACUAUCGCUCUCCGACCACAGCCGAGAUCAAAAUCUCGGCAGCUCUCUUCUGCCGACAUUAGCAGCCUCGACGACAAUCUGAUCUUGGCAAUCCUAACCCGGCUCCCAAAUCCUAGAUCCGUCUUCCGCUGCAAAUCCGUCUGCAAGCGGUGGAAUUCCCUCAUCUCCACUCCCUACUUCCUCCCCAAUUUCCUCCGCCACAUAGCAGCUCACGGCAGCGAUGACGAAUUCCCCCUCCUCUUUCCGCAAUCCCACCGGGAAACCAUGGGGUUCCUCCCCAUCACAGAAGACUACCGCGAGCACUUCCGCGUCCUGGCAUCCUGCGAUGACCUGAUCCUCUGCGGACUGGCAACGAAGUGGCAUGAGAGUGCCGGGAGUUGGCUCUUCGUCUGCAACCCUUUCACAAACCAAUGGGUGAACCUCCCAGUGGCCUCAAUUGAAGAUCGAGAAGAAGUGCUCCAGCGCCAGAGGAUCAUGGUGGGUUUCGUCUGCCAGCCCUGCUACACCUACUGCGGCUUCAAAGAUCGGUGGGUUGAACGGUUUGACACUAUCCAAGAAGGGAUUGAGCAUUUUGUAACCUCUGAGAACCAUAUCACCUUGCCUUCCUUGAACGGGAAGAUCUACUGGAAGGCCAUUGAUUCGCAUCAAUUGGUUGGUUACGAUCCAUUUGACAUCGAUGGAGUACCGGAAUUCAUCGAUUACUCUGGGUUGCUGAAUUCACAUCCCACACAAUUGGUCUGUGGAGUCGACAUUGGGGUUUCCAAGGGCUCUCUGCAUCUGAUUGUGGCAGAGCACACCGUCGAUGAUGCUAGUUGCGUAGAUGGUUUGAGUGUUUGGAGAUUAGGAGAUAAGGGUAAUUGGGAGAUGAAGAAUCGAAUGUUGUUGAAAUCGAUGUGGGGGAGAUUCAAGUUACAAAAGAAUAGUAGGGGAGGAUUGAUGAGUAGUCUGGAGGUAAAGGGGACAUUGGGUAUGCACCCAUCCAAGCCCGAGAUAGUCUACUUAGCUUAUGCCAAUUUCGGUGCUUGUUAUGCUGUGUCCUGCAACUUGAACAGUGGAGAGCUCGAGCUUUGUGGCGAUUCGCCCAUAGAAUCGAGGUUCUGUUGGAAUGUUUUCCAGCCGGGGGUCACUUUCUGGCCUACUCCGGUCCCGGUUCCAACUUAUGACCGUGUGGAGUUUUCUAACGAUGAUGGUACAGGUAGUCAUGUUGUGGCUCAUAGCAGCAUGGUUGAACCACUAGUUCCACCACCAUCGAAGAAGAGCGGCCAGAGGAGAUGGAUGAGCUUUAGUUGGAUGCGUAUGAUGAUCUUCUUGAAGGUGAUGAUAAGAGGGCGAUGGCGUUUCUGGAAUUGGGGAUGGGAGACUAAUAAGGAAGAAGUGGCUGCUUAGGAGACUUCAUUUGAGGGAGGAAGAAUCAGAUGUAGGGAUAUGGCUUUGAUCUGCUGAAUGAUAAGUGAUGUUUAAUUGAUCUGCCGCUGAUGAUAGGAGCGCAAGGACGAGAGUGCUUUUUGAACUUUUUUUUUUUUUUUUUAUAAAAAGAAAGUUUGGAUACUUGCACUUUCAUUUUGUGAGAUGAAUGGUUCAAUUUCUCGUAGAAAGGUAUUUUAGUUGAUUAGAUUUUUA